AUGGAGAUCUUCAUCAAGGCUGAAAAUUACCAGGUUUUGCGUGUUAUUGAAACUGGUGAUUUUGAAAUAACUACAACCAAUGACAAACAUGAGAAACUUGAACUGAAUGCUUUAGCAAUAAAGUAUUUGCACUGUGGACUUGGACUUCAUGAACAUAACCGUAUCAUGGGAUGCAAGCAUAUUCCUAUUGAUGAACAGGCAAGGAAGAUCUUAAGAAGUCUACCACAAGAUGAACGCUGGAGAUCCAAGGUUAAUACUAUUUCCAGAAGUAAAAGCCUUGUACUUAAGGCUCAAGAUUCAGAAGAAUCGGAAGUUGAUGAGGAAGAGAUGGCUAUGCUAGUGAGGAAAUUUAAAAUGAUGAUGAAUAAUAAGAAGUUCGACAGGAACAAGAAGUUCACAAGUUCCAGAAACACAACGUGCUUCAGGUGUGGGUCAAAAGAUCACUUCAUUAAGGAUUGCCCUGUACAGGAUGGAGAGAAAGGAAAGACAAAAGGCAAAGAGCAAUCCAAAGAGUCAAAAGUCUAUAAGCCUUACUUCACCAAGGACAAUGUGAAGAAAGCCAUGCUAGCUGCUUGGGGAGAUACAAAUUCAGAAGAAGAGGAGGACCAACCAUUAGAAGAAACCGCUCAUUUAUGUUUAAUGGAAAAAACUGAUGAAGCUGCCAAACUAAAGGAGCUUGAGUCUGAGGUAUGGUUCUCUUACAAUCAAUUAAAACAUCUGUCUAAAGAGAAUCUAAUAAAUACUGUUUUGGAAAUUCAAGAAGAUUUAAAGGAACUACAUAGAUCCAAACGGCAAAGUGAUAAAGCUUUAGUUACUUACAAAGAGAACAGUGAAUGGGUUGAUAACAUGAAGUUUGACAUUCAAUACAGGUUCUUUAGUAUGUUUGAUGAUAAUAAAAAUUUAAAAGAGACUAUAGAGAAUCUGAAACAAGAUAACAUACUCCUUAAUGUGGAAUUGUCUUUGUUAAAAAUUAGUGCCGAUACUCUUAACUCUGAAGUUCCUCCACCUACUGAUUAUCCGAAUUUUGAAAAAUUAAAACAUGAUUUGGAAGAUUUAAAAACGGAUAAGGCACGUCUUGAGGGGGAACUUGAGAGAGCUAGGAAAGGUAAGCAACCAAUAGAGUAUAGAGUUCCUGAUUGGAUUACUAAGGCUCAAACCAAGAAUACUGAAGGCUUAGGUUUUAAAAACAAGUUCCAGAAAGAAAAGAAGUAUGUCAACUUGCCUAGUAGCAUGGUUCCAAUAGGAAGGUCACGUUCCCAUGCCAUUGAUAAUGUAUUUUUAGUCGAGGGCCUUAAACACAAUUUGUUAAGUAUUUCACAGUUUUGUGACAAAGAUAAUUCUGUUAGCUUUACUUCUAAUAAGUGUAGAAUCAUCCAAAAUGACACUAGGAACAUUAUUUUGGAAGGAACUCGUAAAGGGAACACAUAUAUUGUGGAUCUUAAUGAGGUUCCUAACAGCAGUUUAACAUGUCUUAGUGUUAUUGAGGAUGAUCCUCUUUUAUGGCACAGAAGGUUUGGCCAUGCAAGCUUUUCUUUACUUGAUAAAAUAAGAUCUAAGAACUUAGAGGAAGGACUUCCUUACAUUAAGUUCCUGUAUGACAAAGUGUGUGAAGCUUGUGCUAAAGGAAAACAGACCCGAAUUUCCUUCAAGUCCAAAAAGAUGAAAGAACAGAGAAGAACAGGCAAUCAAUUGAUACAUCUUAGAUCAGAUCAUGGAACAGAAUUCGAGAAUUCAAAAUUUGAUGAAUUUUGUACUGAGUAUGGUAUGGAUCACAACUUCUCUGCCCCAAGAACUCCACAACAAAAUGGAGUGGUGGAACGCAAGAAUAGGAGCCUGGAAGACAUGGCAAGGAUAAUGUUGAUAUCAAGCAGGCUGCCUAGGAACAUCUGGGCUGAAGCAGAUUGUGAUGAUGAUUUCAAAAUUGGACUUGUGCGUAAGCAGAAUCCAGAUGAGGAACCAGCAUCACAGCAGAAGCAGCAAGUUGAAAUUGCUGAAGUAACGAAUCCUGAAGCAAAUGUUGAACUUGAGAUGGAGAAUACACCAGGAACUCCACUUCAAGAACACAUUGAUGUCCAUAAUGUAAGACCAGAAUGUGGAAACACCUGA